GUUGAAUUCUUUAAAUCAAUUAUUUUAAGAAUGCUUAAGCUAACCUUCUCGUUAAGAUACAAAGGAUUACUUCUCUUUAUUGGAUGUUGCUUAGGCCAGAUUAUUGGCAUGGAGAGAAGCCUUGCUGUUUCAUCAAGCCAGUCAGAUUGAAAGACUUGUGUCAAUAAUGGCUCUCAGAGGUGGUGAGCUCCUGUUGGAAUUACUCAAGCUGAUGGAGAGUGCUGAAACUCGGGCGAUACCUCAAGCUAUUGUGCAAGCAGUGAUAGCUAUGCUUGUUCUGGGUCCACCAACUUCCAGGGUACUGCAGGGCUGAUACUUUGUCCAGAGGUUAAUGCAAAGUGUGGAGACACCCACUCCUUACUUCAGAAUACUUAUCGGUAUUGGUCAAUAGUGGUAAGUUAUCUGCCUUCUGAUGCAGUAUGAGCUGAAAGGUUUUAUACGACUACAAGCUCUAUCGACCAGGUUAAGAUCACAAUGAGUAAGCGCUAAGUCAAUUCUUCUCAGGUUUCAUUAUAAUAGCAGUUUAGCUUGAUCUAUUCCUAGUGUUUUUAAUCCUUUCUUUUGUGUUCGGCUCUUUGCUUCGUAAAUUACAAACUGCUCACCUUCCCUCUAACCUAUCCAAAAGUUCCUGCUACCUCUAAAUUCCCCCUCCACAGACUCCUGUUGCCUAAUGCCCUUCCUCCGCUCAUCUUCUUCCUGUUCCAAUCCUGACUAAUUUAUCCUGAAGUUUCCAGAUUCUGUGCAUAAAAAUCCUGCUCUUGCUCUGAAUGCUG